AUGCGCAUUGAUCAAGUGGUGCUAAGACGGAGGAACGACGACUACGGCGGCUGCGGGAUGUACGACGCUUUCGAAGACGAUGACAGUAUAGCACUGUCUGGUAAUUGGCGUUAUCAACGUCACUCACACACGUGGUCCAGAGUUGGUAACGAGCAGAUGUAUGGUGUUCCAGGCAGAACCGUAUGUCCGAAACCAAACUGGGAUUCGUAUCGGGACCAGUUGGACCCACGCCGCUACGAAGUGCGAGAAGUGCGUGACCCGUACGCUGGCAAACGAAGUGGUCGACAACUCGAGCGGUAUGAUGAUCGGCCCGAAUGCAACGGAAAUGCAGCCCAGAACAAGUUGCAGCGCUCACAUAGCGAACGGAUCAAAGAACGUGCACGAGCCAUCAUGAAGAAAAUGGACCUUACGUUCCAGCAGUCG